AUGGCCUUGCAUGUGGGGUUCCUGUUGCUCUGGGUCUGCCGAUUUCACCGUGUGGUCGGUCCUGACUAUGAGGAUGAUGAUCCACCAGCUGUAGAAACUAUAAUUCACUUUCCAGAAGUCAAAGAUGGCAAAUGUUUCUUUCCAUUCCACUACAAAAAUGAAAUAUUCUAUGACUGCAUCACGUUCAGGACGAAACACAAGUGGUGUUCCCUAAAUGAGACUUACCAAGGAUAUUGGAAAUACUGCUCUGAAGAUGACUUUGCAAAAUGCGUGUUUCCCUUCUGGUACAGACACAUGAUCUACCGGGAAUGUACUGAAGAUGGGGACGCUUUUGGGAAAAAAUGGUGUUCGCUGACCCAGCAUUAUAACAAGGACAAGAUUUGGAAAUACUGUGACUGAUGCAUUAGUCACAGUGGCCAAAAGGGGGAAGCAAGCAAGUGUCCAUCAACAGAUGAGUGGAUGAACAGAAUGUGGUGUAUCCCAACAUUGGAAUAUUAUCCAGCCAAAGAAAGUAAUGAAGUUGAUACAUUCCACAACAUGGAUGAAUCUUGAAAACAUUAUACUGAGUGAAAUAAGCCAGAUACAAAGGAAUAAAUACUGCGUGGUCCCAUUUAUA